UGUGUCACGGUUUGCUUCUCAGUGUAGUUAUUCAAUCUCAUAAAGCAGGAAACACACCUGCUCUGUGGUCAGAAACGACGAGACUACUGCUGCAGCUACGAAAGCGUAUUACCAGCCACCUAAGCCAAAAUGCUCCCGGAGAAACAGCUCCAGUGCAGCGUCUGCCAGCAGGUGUUCACCGACCCCGUCACCACUCCCUGCGGACACAAUUUCUGCCAAGCCUGCAUAGGGCAGGCGUGGGACCGCGGUGACGUCUGCCAGUGCCCCGCCUGCGACAAGAGGUUCCCCUCGAGGCCUGAAAUGAGCAUCAACACGGCCCUCAAAGAGCUGGCGGACGCUUUAAGACAAAUGGCCGCCCGCCCUCCGGCCUCCGCUCCGGCCGCGGCCAAGCCGGGCGAGGUGGCGUGCGACGUGUGCGCCGUCGCCUCGCUGCAGGUCAGGGCCCUCAAGUCCUGCCUGGUGUGUCUGACGUCGUUCUGCGACGCCCACCUGGAGCCGCACCGGAGGGUCGCCACCCUCAAGCUGCACAAGCUGCUGGAGCCCGUGACGGACCUGCAGGACAGGAUGUGCAAGAGGCACGAGAGGCUGCUUGAGAUGUUCUGCCGGGAGGACCGGACGUGCGUCUGCCAGUUCUGCACCGAGACGGAGCACAAGGGCCACCGGGCGGUCACCAUAGAGGACGAGAGCAAGGAGAGGAAGGCCCACAUGAAGCAGACCGAGGCAGAGUUUCAGCAGACCAUCCAGGAGCGGCAGAAGAAAAUUGAAGAUAUCAAAAAUUGUCUGAAGCUGAGCACACUGAGUGCCGAGAAGGAGAAGAAGGCGAGCGACAGUCUCUUCACGUCGUUGAUCCACUCGACGAAGGAGAGACAAGCCGAGGCCAACGCAGAAAUCGAGGCGAAGCAGAAAGCGGAGGAGAAGAGGGCCGAGGAGCUCAUCGACGAGCUUCAGCUGGAGAUCACCGAGCUGCAGAGGAGGAGCGCUGAGCUGAAGGAGCUGGAGGACACCGAUGACCACCUGCACCUCCUGCAGAGGUUGCCCUCUGUUGUGUCGCCUCCACCCAUCAACAGGCAGUGGGCAGAAACCAGGAUCUACCCUGAGCUUUGUGUGGGAACAGUGAGGAGAACGCUCUCCAGACUGGCCCACACGCUGAAGAAGGAUCUGGAUAGCUUGAAGGAAGAAGAAAUAAGGAGGAUGCAAAAAUAUGCAGUGGACGUGGUGCUGGACCCGGACACGGCCCACCCGAACAUCGUCCUGUCAUCUGACGGAAAGCAGGCGAGCCGCGGCGAGGUGCCACACGUUGUCCCCGACAAUCCCCAACGCUUUGACCCCGUCAUCUGCGUUGUGGGCAAGAAAGGCUUCCUCUCUGGGAGGAUCUACUUUCAGGUUGCAGUAGGGAAUAAGACCUUCUGGGAUCUGGGCGUGGUCAGGGAGUCCAUCAACAGGAAGGGUAUGAUCACCUCCACCCCUGACAACGGCUACUGGACGGUGCGUUUGAGGAACGGCAACGAGUAUCGAGCUCUGGACUCCCCCUCCAAGCUGCUUCAUCUCCAGCACAAGCCGAAGACCGUGGGAGUGUUCGUGGAUUAUGAGGAAGGGACGGUUUCCUUCUUCGACGUGGACGCCAGAUCUCACAUCCACACCUUCACCGGGUGUUUGUUCUCUGAGAGGAUUUUUCCUUUCUUCAGUCCGGGGGUUUUGGAUGAUGGGAAAAAUACAGAGCCACUUAUUAUAACAGCUGUCAGUCCUGAGGAUUGAAAAGAAGCUUUUUGUACACAGUUUUUGCUUCCUGUAUAAACCUAAAUGUUUUUUUUUUCUGUAACUGGCAAUCUUGUGUUUAAUAUAGAUUAUGUACAAAAGAUGGAGGAGGUAAUGUUUUAUCAAAUGUGAAGCAAAAACAAAGCUUAAGAGAGCCAUUUCAGUGAUGGCCACUAGGUGCUGGUUCCAAACAUUCUGUAAAAAAAAUUAAAAAUCAACAACAUUUAAAGUUAAAUCAGGUAAGUGUUAUAUUCCAUGUACACACAAGACUCAAAAACCUCCAUUUAUGCUUAAAUACAUGUAGGGUUUUCAUUUUCCUGAUCCAGGUGUAAUCAAAAAUCACUUUGACAACAGAGAAAUCUCUGACACUUUGGCAAAGUUUAUGCUAAAACACACACAAAAAUUAUAAUAAAUAAAACAAAAAACAAAACAAAACAUGUGACACAUAACUAGGUGUUUUUGCUCCUGUGGAGCAAUUUGUGACAAUGUCUGUGAAAGGUGCUAUAGAAAUAAAAUUGUACUCACUAAGUAGAAUUUAGACUGUUUAAAAAGUUGUUGAUAUCCAAUUUAGAUGAGUACAGCAAUCAACUCUGGGGAUGUACACGGUAUCUAUUAAAGCUGAACAAUUGCACAAUAACUUACUAUAUUUAAACUACCAGUCAAAAGAUUGGACACACCUCCUCAUUCAAUGGCUUGUUAUUGUUAUUACUACCUCUGGGAACUCCUUCUAGACAGUAACCAUCUCAGGUGACUAACCCCAUGAAGCUCAUCGAGAGAAGGCCAGGAGCGGCCAGAGCAGUAAUUAAGUCAAAAGGAGGUAUUUAGAACAACCAAGAAAUAUAUACACAAUGUUUUUAGUUGUUUCACAAUUUUGUGUUUGAUACAUAAUUUUAUAUACUUUUGUGGCAUAGAUUUGAUGUAUUUUCUAUAUAUCUGCAUUGUAGAAAGUCAUCAAAAUAAAGAAAAGCCGUUCAAUGACAAAAGCGAGUCCAAACGUUUGACUGGCAGUUUAUGAAUGUACAUAAAGCUUACAGCUAUGUAUGAAUUUUGAAAAUAACCUAUCUCUUAUACAUACUGUCCCUGUUCUUACCCUUCUCCGUAAAAUGUUUUUUUUGUUAUUGAUUGUAAUUUGCUGUCCUGCUUGUUUCUCUGCUUUUGUUUGUUUGUUUUUUCACAAUGUGCUGGAAUCCAAAGUCAAAUUCCUUGUUUUUACCCACGAAGUUGGAGAAUAAAGUUGCUAUGGUUUUAAAU